AAGAGACACUGCCCUCAAGGAGUGCACAAUCUAGCAAUUCCCUCAGUGGACUGAAGUUUUGUUCCUCCCAAAAAACCAACAUAAACUCCGGGGUGCUGGCCUGUACUCUAAUCUGCCAAACCUCCAAACUCGCCUGUGCUUUGAGCAAUCACCCCCUGCCUCUCCCCCAUCAGAAUCCUGAGGGAAGGGUCUGGGGUGGCCAUUAAGGGAGGGAAAAGACAAAAACGACGUCUCCAGAAACUGACAUACUAUCACUUAAUGCUCCGCCAUAACCUUUCGUUUUAAUUUUGCCUUAACCUUUAGUUUAAGGUUUAGUUGUGCCUUCCAGUGACGGUAACGACAAGGGGAGCGGUAAAUGGAUUUGGGUUAAAUUCUUACGGGGAGUGAAUAUUCUGAAGCACCAAAGCCAUUUCUUUGCCGUGACCGGAUCUUGGUCAAGAUACUCCUAGCCCCUGAUCUGUUUCCUUGGCACGGGGACUUCAUGGAUGGGGUGAGCUGCCUGAGUCCGGAAGAGAGCGGCCACUGCUGACACCCCUACGACUCUCCCCUCCUCUGGAAGAGGUGAGGCUGGACAAUCCUGGGACGGUCCCGAGGGGGCCCAGGGCACGGAAGGUCGCCGCUGUCCCACCCGAGGCCUAGGGUGGCCUAGGCCUUCCUUCCUGAAGGCUCAUUCCUGCCCAGAAUCCGCCGCCCAAGGCCCAGAUCCUCAAAGCUGCCCUGGACGAGAAGAGACGGAUGUUGUGCCCCGGGGGCUCCUCGCGUUCCGGGCGGUGAGGCCGGAUCCGACCCGGAACCCACUUGGAGGAGGUCCGGCGGCGAUAGGAGGCAGAGGAGCCAGGGGCCGCCAUGUCCUUCAGCGCCACCAUCUUGUUCUCCCCUCCUAAUGGCAACGAAGCCAAAUGCUGCUGCUGCGCUUGCAAGAGCGAGCCCAGCGGGGGCAGCUCGGGGCCUCCGGGGGGCAACCCCCCGCCCUGCACCCCCAUCACGGUGACCGGCCACGGCCUGGCAGUGCAGAGCUCGGAGCAGCUCCUGCACGUCAUCUACCAGCGGGUGGACAAGGCCGUGGGCCUGGCGGAGGCCGCCCUGGGCCUCGCCCGGGCCAACAACGAACUGCUGAAACGCCUCCAGGAGGAGAUGGGCGAGCUGAGGCAGGGGAAGGGCGCUCCCGCCGAGGACGGCCGGGAGGGAGGGACACAUGGCCCCCCGCCGGAGGACUCGGGGACCCUCAAGGGGAGCCCCGGGGAAGCCUGCAAGGCCUUGUCCGCCGUGGAGGAGGAAUGUGACAGCGUGGGGAGCGGGGUGCAGGUGGUGAUCGAGGAACUGAGACAGCUGGGAGCGGCCUCGGCCGUGGGGCCGGGGGCCUUGGGCUUCCCGGCCGUCCAGAGGGACAUUCGACCGCCCGGAUGCCCGGGGUCCUCCAGCGAGAUGACCCCGCUCCUCAAUCCCCUGGUGGACGACUUCGCGGCCCCUGACGGGGCCGUGCAGCGGGUGCUGGUCCCGGCCUAUGCCAAGCAGCUCUCGCCGGCCACCCAGCUGGCCAUCCAGCGCGCGGCCUCGGAGACGGGGCCGGACGGCGGGGUGAAACCACCGCCCCGGCCGGAGGACAUGGUCAGCGCCGUGCUGGACGGAGCCCUGGAAGAUGGUGUGCCCGGGGGGGCCGGGGAGCUGCGGCUCUCGCUGGGGCUCACGGCCUCCCCGUGCCGGGCCCGAGGGAGCGGCCAGAAGAACUCCAGGCGCAAGCGGGACCUGGUGCUCUCUAAACUGGUCCACAAUGUGCAUAAUCACAUCACCAAUGACAAAAGGUUCAACGGAUCCGAAAGCAUCAAGUCUUCGUGGAACAUCUCGGUGGUGAAAUUCCUCUUGGAGAAACUGAAGCAGGAGCUGGUGAGCAGUCCCCACAAUUACACCGACAAGGAACUGAAAGGGGCCUGCGUAGCCUACUUCCUCACCAAGAGGCGUGAGUACCGCAACUCCCUGAACCCCUUCAAGGGCCUGAAGGAGAAGGAAGAGAAGAAGCUGCGCAGCCGCCGAUACAGACUCUUCGCCAACCGGUCCAGCAUCAUGCGUCACUUCGGGGCGGAAGAGCAGCGCCUGUGGAAGGACGUGACCGAAGAGCUGAUGUCCGACGAGGAGGACAGCCUCAACGAGCCGGGGGUCUGGGUCGCCCGCCCCCCUCGCUUCCGGGCCCGGCGCCUCACCCAACUCUGCUACCACCUGGACGCCAACUCCAAGCACGGCACCAAGGCCAACCGGGUGUACGGCCCCCCGUCCGAGCGCCUGCCCUCCGUGGAGGCCCAGCUCCUCCCGCCGGACCUCUACAACCCCAACUUCCAGGAGGAGGAGGAGGACGACGACGAAGAGGAGGAGGACAGGCCGGAGGAGGAAGGGCCCAUCUCCCUGCCCUUCGAUCAGCCCCACAAGGCCUUCUGCCCAGACUUGAACUCGUUCAUCGAAAUCAAGGUGGAGAAGGACGAGUGAAACGGGCCUUCCGGAGAGGAGCUGCUCCUUGCCGCCCGACCGCCCCCACCACCUUCCCCGUGGGGACCACGGCCCUUUCUUCCGAGGAAGGGGCUCGACCUCUUGCCCCCGAACCCCCGUCUGGCAGAAGACCACCCCCUCCCCCCGGGUGGGCAACAAUCCCGGUGCGACCCACCCGGCGUCGGAGGACGGCGGCAGGGGGACCGGGCUGGACGCAGACGGCGAGGUGGUGAGGUGUCGGGGCCCUCGGGGUUCCUGCUCGUGGGGGUCGUGCGGGGAGACCCGGGAGGGGGAGACAGGCCGCGCUGCCCUCCACCUCGGGUGCCCCCGGCCGCAGGCCGCAGGCCUCGGCCUCGCUCUGCGGCGACGGGCGGGCGGCGCGGGCUCGGCCGGAUGCCGCCACCUGGUGGGCCGCGGGCGCAAUGUGGGGGGCCCCCCUCCCCGCCCGGGACCCCGGCUGGGGGGAGGUCGAGAGCCAGGCCCGGGGAGAGGGGUGAACCCAGGGCCGGGGGCAGAGGGACGGAAAACGGGCCAGGCCGGGGAGCACCUGCCCGCUGCCCUGAGAACCAAGGGCCCACAGAGGUGACCGCAGCUGAAACCCCUUCCCCUGGGAAACCGGGGUUUAAACGGUUGGUCCUCCCGCCUCCUCCACCUCCUCCCCACCGGAUCCCAUUCCCCUCCUCUGACCCUCUUGGAGGAGAGUCAUAGGAGCAAAUGACUAGGUUGGGAUCCGAGGUGCUAGCAGAGGCCGCGCCUUCCCCUACCCCCAGCUGACGAGCCCCAUCUCCACGGGGCCACCCAAAACGCUUGUCCCCCACUCUCAGCAGGCAGUGGGGAGAGGGCAUCGUACAGGGAGGGCUGGGCGGGGUGGAGGGGGGAGAGGGGAGUCAGCGAGCCGGACACCCCGGGACCAUCGCAGACCCCUCAAGCUCGGAAGCCAAGAGGGCCGUAUCUCAGAAGAGUCAGUGGGGAGACCUGUCCCCAGGCAAGGCAGGCCGAGACGAGGCUGGAUUCCUUGCCUAAAGAACAACCCUUCCAAGAGACUCCUUUCUUUCCCCCACUCCCUAGAGCUGCUGUCCGGUUUAAAAAAAAAAAAAACACGUGCCUGAGCGGUUGAUAUUAAAAAAGAACAUUUGCAUAUA